CACUUCCCUACUGGUCGCUUAUCAUAACAUGUUCUUGAGUGUGUACUCAAGUAGUACCUCUUCUGCGAGACCCUUCUCUGUAGGCACCACAAAUGCUUGUUAAGUUAGGCGUCAGAUCGGGAGAACUUGAUAAUACAACAAAUUGCCAAAGAACAGCGAAUACGAAGUGAAACUUGGGAUGCCCCGUAGCUCACACUAUACGCAGCUGUAAACAUUUUGAAACUGAAACAGUGACGGACAUCAGGGCUGAAUCUGGGUGAACUGUUUUGUAGCGCACGGCUUAUAUACUGAGUCCCUUAACUGUGGACCAGUACAGUAUACCAAUUUCAAACGGAAUCAGUUUGCAAAAUGGAAAGGCCCGUGGGUUGACGAAGAGUCGCGGAUUUCUGUUUUCUUACUCAAGGACGGGUCUAAGGAGAUGCUAGUUCUGGUGAUCGGACAGCACGAACCCACAGACCGCCCCGGACCCAUCCGAUCUGAGGAGAGCGUAUCCCCCACGCCCCGCCCGGCCCCCCACGGCCUCCAGGUGAGCUGAAGGCAAGUCGUUUUGAGUGACAGUGGCAAAACAGAGCCCAGCUUUCACAGACAGGUCACUUCCUGAUCUUCACGUUAGGCUCCGCCCUCCACCCCCUUCCCUAAAUUACUAGAUUUGCUGGUAUCGGCAUCGCCAUGGCAGCAUACGGUCAAACGCAGUACAGUCCGGCUAUCCAACCUGCGGGACCCUACGCACCGUACGCGCACCACACCCAGGGCUACAGCAUGGCCUCUUACAACAUUAAGACGGAGGACAGCCUGAGCCACUCUCCGGGGCAGAACAGUCUGCUCGGAUACGCCUCGAAUUUCGGCAGCCCCCCACCGAGCCAGGCCCUCUACAGCUACUCCACACACGGAAGUGGAAUUUCAUCAGGUAUUUUCCAGGGAGCCAAUGGAAUAAGUAGUUCUACACCAUUUAGCCCCUCCCAGCAGGAUUUCUCUGCAUACUCGGCCUACAGCCAAUCCCAGUACUCCCCUUACUACAGCUCCCACUACAACAACCCUUACCUCACAGCCAGUAACGUCAGCCCCUCCGCCAUCACUACCGCCAUACCCUAUCAGCACCCAGAACACCCCCCUGUGGUGACCAAUCACAGUCCAGAGUCACACUCAGGAGAGUAUCACCCACCCCCAAGCCCCCCCACCCCAGGUAAAGAUCAGGAGGGGGGCCCGGCUCGAAGAGGAUCUGAGGGAAAGCUGAGGGGGAGGAAGAGAACGAGUGACCCCGCCCCUCCUCUGGACUCCGACAUCGAGCGUGUGUUCGUAUGGGACCUGGAUGAGACCAUCAUCAUCUUCCACUCUUUGCUCACAGGAACGUUCGCCACAAGAUUUGGCAAGGAUUCUGCUAAGGCCGUGUCUCUGGGGCUGUGGAUGGAGGAGAUGAUCUUUAACCUGGCCGACUCACGCCUCUUCUUCAACGACCUGGAGGAAUGCGACCAGGUUCACGUUGACGACGUGGCGUCGGAUGACAACGGGCAGGACUUGAGCACAUACAACUUUGGCGCAGACGGCUUCCAGAGCCCAGCAGGGGGCGCCACGUUGUGCCUGGGGUCAGGGGUCCAUGGGGGGGUGGACUGGAUGAGGAAGCUGGCAUUCCGCUAUCGUCGGGUCAAGGAGAUAUACAACACCUACAAGAACAAUGUGGGAGGUUUGCUGGGCAGUCCUAAGCGGGAGGAGUGGCUCCAGCUGCGGAGGGAGAUGGAGGUCCUGACGGACCUGUGGCUCACUCAGGCACUGAGGGCUUUGGCUCUCAUCAACUCCAGGCCAAACUGUGUGAACGUGCUGGUCACCACCACCCAGCUGAUUCCAGCCCUGUCCAAGGUCUUGCUGUAUGGCCUGGGUGCGGCUUUCCCCAUAGAGAACAUCUACAGCGCCACAAAGACAGGGAAGGAGAGCUGCUUUGAGCGUGUGACUCAGCGGUUCGGCCGACGGGCGGUGUACGUGGUGGUGGGCGACGGAGUGGAAGAGGAAACGGUGGCGAAGAAGAAGAACAUGCCGUUCUGGAGAGUGUCCUGCAGGCCCGACCUGGAGGCCCUUAGCCAUGCACUGGAGCUCGACUACCUCUAGUGGGCGCCAGAUGUCCUAUCUACACGUCCUCUUCCUGCCUGUGUCUUUACAACCAAUCAGUUGACCAACGAGCCCCCCCCCCCAUAAACCGCAAAAACGAAGAGAGAGGAGCAGGGAAUCGCAAUAUUGUUGAGAACCCCCCCCCCCCCCCCCCCCUCCAUUGGGCCUCAGUGCAUCAGUAAUUUAAAAAAGACUUCUAUUGAAGGAGACACAUCCUGUGUUGAUUUAGAGAAAAUGCAGAACGAGGACCUUUGAUGAGGAAAACCAGUUUCUGUUUUUUUUUCGUUUCAUUUCUUGGACUGCUCGAAAGGAAUCCUGGAUUUUUAUGGUAAUACGGGGGAACUGUUCUGUUUUAUUCACGACUACGAGAGCAGACAGAAGUCCCACACUUAGUCACACAAGGCCGUGGGUGGUGAAUGCGAUCAUUAAUGUAUCUCCAGAGACCUGGGUUACUGCGUUGGUGUUCGUCUUGUCCAACUCUCUCUUCUCUAGGACUGCUUUGAGUGCUGAAAGUUUGGGGAAAUGUGCUGUGGUCAACAAAGAGCCUUACCGAAUGCUCUCAGGCUCUCUGAAUUCAUAAUAAAUAGGUCUGGGGUUUGCCAUUGUUUACGAAGUUGUAGGAAUAGUCAGUCGGUGGACUUAUUUUCUGUUGUCCACGUUCCAUGCUUCAUUUUUUAUGCUUAAGAAUGUCAUGUGAGAUGAGAAAAGGGAAAAGUUGUGUAUGUUUUUCUGUUUCUGGAAUGGGUGAAACUAAGACCAGAGAGCUCACUAAACAGCUCCUCAACACGGACAGUCUUGCCUGCUCAGAUGAAAGGGAAAGUGGGAAAAAUGUGCACGUUUUGAUGGUUGAAUGCCACUGCCAUGGCUAAUGUGGUGUAAUGAAAAUCUGAAUGUUUUUCAGUCGAGGAACACUAUGACAUCAUCUCCUGAAAGUGCCAUCGCAAAAAAUUUAAUUUUCAGAACGAGCCUAAAACGAAUUCACUGGAAACAGCAGACCUUCGGAGAGACUCCCCCUGGCCCCUGCGUGGCUUCAAUAGUGAGGGAGCUCACCAAGAGCACGGGCUGGGCCAAUGGUGGCCUCCGGUUCUGGCUCAGCUGACUCUAACCGCGAAUCCACAGCGGCGGAAACGCAGCACCUCCCUCACGGGGUAGGGUGGGUUUAGGUCAACCAGGAUUCCUCUGGCUGCCGCUACCUUAGCUCCUCCUAAUGACACAGACGGGUACCCUUAGCGCAAGCUACACCUGUCCUUCAGUUAGCAUUAGCGCUUUCCUGUAGCACUGUGCAGCACUGCAGUGUGGCAGUUGGGGCAGGGGGUGGAGGUGUGUAUCAGUAACCCAAAAGGCACAGUUAGAGAAUAUAAAAAGGGGGGGAAAUGGUUUUUUUUAAAUGAGAGGGAGAUCUUGAAUUGGACCAGGGUAAAAAAAAUAAAAAAUAAAUACACGGGCAGUGCCAAAACACAGCUGGAUCUUGGGCAGCAGCUACUUCCUUCUUUCCUUUUCUUUGCUUGACCUUGUAGAACCGUAAAGGACGAGAGGCACGUCUAAUAAAUAUGAUCAUUAGUGCAGUGUGUACUCUGUCAAAUCCAUUGGACCACGUGGGCAAAGUCUGUCUGACAGCACAAGUCUUGUUUGAUUUUGAGCUUUUUUCAAAGUGAAGUUGCGGUCUCCGUGCCCGCCCUGGCUUGAAACUGCGGUGGGGGGGGGGGGGAUGAACGGGCGGGGCAGGGCAGCGGAAAAGUAUCUCAGGCCAGGAAACAGAGCCGGACCAUCUGCAGCAAGUCGCUCGGACGCAGUCUGACACAAAAUCCAUGAGCGUCAUCGAUCACACGGCCUGUCUGCGCCAUCGCGGGACCCGCUCAAGGGGGACUAUCGCUUAAUUUAUGAAAUACCUCGCCACCCGGGAGGUCCCGCCAGCACUGGGACCCGUCCUGAAAGAUGGAGGCGGAGCGCGGACGACCGGAUCUUCCUUCUGCACAAGUGGGGCGUCUGGGUGUAUAUGUCGUUUGUUUCCUUUCUUUUUCCUUCACGGAGUGUUCAUGCGUAACCUGUAUGUAAUAAAGUGGUAUGGGUUGCUUUUGGACUUUGCAUGUGUCUGUUACAGUUUGCCCUCUGCCUUAGCGAUGAUUUGUAUAUAAGGUUUUUUUUUUUUUUUU